UAAACAAACACAUACUGGGCAUGCGUCAUCGGAAUAAUGGAGGUCUGUCUUCUCAACUCGAAGUGAUGAUGUCUGUUUCUUUUCAGUUUUCUGUGAUCUGGCAAACAAAACAACCCUACUGCAUUUCGGCUUGUAGUUGAGGCCAUAGUAAGAACCUGAAGAUGACUACAGAGACGCCAGCCCAAAGGGAGGGGUUCAGGAUAAUGACGUUCACCCCUUCCAAAGAAGAGUUCAAGGACUUUAGCCAGUAUAUUGGCCAUAUGGAAUCAGAAGGAGCGCACAGAGCUGGGAUAGCUAAAAUUAUACCACCUAAGGGUUGGAAACCCAGAAAGUCAUACAAUAACAUUGAUGACCUGGUGAUUCCUGCUCCGGUUCAGCAGGUGGUGACUGGCCAGUCAGGACUUUUCACCCAGUACAACAUCCAGAAGAAACCAAUGACUGUCCAUGAGUUCAGAAAGACCUCUAAGUUGGACAAGUUUUGCAGUCCAAGAUAUGUAAAUUUUGGGGAGCUGGAGAGGAAAUUUUGGAAGAACCUGACCUUUAAUCCUCCACUUUAUGGGGCUGAUGUCAGUGGGACGCUGUAUGAUCCAGAUGUGACUGAGUGGAACAUCGGUCAUCUAAAUACCAUCCUGGACACUGUGGAGAGUGAGAGUGACAUCAAGAUUAAAGGAGUCAACACACCAUACCUCUGUUUUGGGAUGUGGAAGAGUGCUUUUGCAUGGCACACAGAAGACAUGGAUCUAUACAGCAUUAGCUACCUGCACUACGGAGAGCCGCAAUCAUGGUAUGCUGUCCCACCAGAACACGGGAGAAAACUGGAACGACUUGCCAAAGGUUUUUUCCCUGGGAAUACUCAGAGCUGUGAAGCCUUCCUGCGCCACAAGAUGACUUUAAUUUCACCCUCAAUCCUGAAAAAAUAUGGUAUACCAUAUAAGAAGGUCACCCAGGAAGCUGGACAGUUCAUUGUGACAUUCCCAUUUGCCUAUCAUGCUGGUUUCAACCACGGCUUCAACUGCUCUGAGUCAACCAACUUUGCCACACAGCGAUGGAUUGAUUAUGGAAAGCAAGCAACUCUGUGUUCAUGCCGCCAGGACGUGGUAAAGAUACCGAUGGAUGUGUUUGUACGCAAGUUUCAGCCUGACCGUUACAAACUAUGGAAAACGGGAAAAGACAACACUCCUAUCGACCACUCCAAACUCACCCCAGAGGCGGCAGAGUUUCAGAAGAAAGAUGAGAUCGAUCCCGCUAAAGAGAGCUCCACUGAAGCUUCAUUUGAGGAGCCUACUACUCCUGUCCAGGAGGACAAAAGUCCAAAGCAUCAGACUGGGACAAAGCGUGAGCAUGAAGCUGUUGAGACGUCAGAAGAUGUCAAAUCUGAUCUGACAGUGAAGGAAACUAAGGCGGUGGAGGCUAAGAAGUCCAAACUGUCAACCAAGAAGCCUCCAAUGAAAGUUAUUGGCACACCAGACACAUUAAAAGUCCAGCAGGAACCUAAGAAGGAGAAGGAUGCUAAGCCACAGUCUAAAUAUCCCUGCAAAGCCAGCAACAAGAAAACUUCAAACAGACGAAGUCCUGCAAAAAAAGAGAAAAAUGGUGUGACAUCUGCAGAUAUUUGUCCUCCUGAAGCUGUUGAGAAAAAAGUGAUGUCCCAAAGUACUGAGGAGGCAUGGAGCAGAGUGGAGCCUCAGGUGGAAACUAAUUCCAGCCCCGCGCAAAACAUAUUUCAGAGGACACUGAGCCCUGCAGACGUCCUUCAUGUUCACAGCUAUGCCAAAGGUGAUUAUGGAGAAGAAGUUCAGCCAAAGGAAGAGGAAAAGAGUGACGAUAGCGAUGAGAAGGAGAAAGACAUCAGAUAUAUCAGCAAAGAACAGGUGAAAGAAGUAGUGGCAGCAUAUGGGGAACUGGAGAAUGAUCUGGAGGAACUGCCAGGCCACCAUCCACUUAUAAAGGAAUGCAUCAGUGAUGAAGAGGGCCCAGAUGAGCUUCCCACAGUAGAGGAGGGUGAUUUGGAGGGGGAGACCUGGGCUAAGCCUCUGGUUCAUCUGUGGCAGAGCAGACCUCCCAACCUUAAGAAGGAGAGGGAGUAUAACCAGCGCAUGGGAUCCAAAUAUCCAUACUGCUCCAUCUGCAUGCUAUUCCACACAUACCAACAGACUGAGGGUACGAACAAUGUAGACAGUCCUGUCAAGGUGGCUGGUGGGCAGAUGCGGACCAAACCUCUAAUCCCAGAGAUGUGUUUCACCACUACCACAGAGGAGGACUCUGAGUGUGAAGAACAGCCUAUUACACUUUUUCUCGAGGACGAUGGAACCAGCCUCCUCAUCAGCUGCUCACAGUGCAGUGUUCGGGUGCACACCACAUGUUAUGGCGUAGAUCCAGUCAGUGUGAGCAAGGAGUGGAAGUGUGCACGCUGUGAAGCCAAUGCCAUGACUGAGAGCUGCUGCUUGUGUUGGUUAAGGGGUGGAGCCUUGCAGAAAACCAGCAACGAUAAGUGGGUUCAUGUGCUCUGUGCCGUGGCUGUGCUGGAGGCACGCUUUAUUAACAUCAAUAAAAGAAGUCCUGUGGAUUUAAGUGCAAUUCCUCUGCAGAGGUUUAAGUUGAAAUGUUACUACUGUAAGAAACGGAUGAAAAAAGCGUCCGGCUGCUGUGUGCAAUGCUCUCAUGGCCGCUGUCCUACUGCUUAUCAUCCCACCUGUGCCCAAGCUGCUGGAGUGCUAAUGCAGCCGGACGAAUGGCCCUUUGUGGUCCACGUUACCUGCUGUCGACACAAAGGCCCCACUCAGAUUGAGCGCAAUAAAGCAGCGAUGCAUGAGCUUAUUGUGGGACAGAAAGUCAUAUGCAAGCACAAGAAUGGCCGUUACUACCAGUGUGAUGUGGUGCAGCUGUCUAAAGAAACCUUCUAUGAAGUCAACUUUGAUGAUGGUUCCUUCAGUGAUAACCUCUUCCCAGAAGACAUUGUGAGCCGUGACUGCGCUCAGCUUGGACCUCCACCACAGGGUGAUGUUGUUCAGGUGCGAUGGACGGACGGGCUGGUGUACGGGGCCAAAUUUGUGGCAGCUCAUGUCAUUCAAAUGUACCUGGUGGAAUUUGAAGAUGGAUCACAGCUUACGGCUAAGAGAGAUGAUGUCUACUCUCUGGAAGAAGAACUCCCGAAGAGAGUCAAAUCCAGACUGUCUAAAGCUUCAGACAUGAGGUUUGAUGGCAUCUUUGAAGAAAAGGAGAUCAUCCAGGAGUCAAAGAGACAGAGAGUUAUCAACUCGCGUUACAGGGGGGACUACAUUGAGCCUGUGAUUUACAGAGCCAUCAUGGAGUAAACGUCACUCUAUGUAGCACCCUACACACCAAAAGCACUGAUGGACUGAACUGUGCUCAAGCACCUUAAUUCAGCAGCUAGCCUUUCUACAAAAUGACUUUCUACAGAAUCCACAUUGGACUGUUUUUUUUUCUUUUUAUCCUCAUUUUCUAACUCAUCUGAAGUCAAAAAGAACCUUUAUAUAUUUAGUUUUUUUUUACUCUGAGCAGAACUCCACCCAGCAUUGAGAACAGGCUGAUUUUCAUCUUCAGCAACACCUAAAUCCCAUUUGAACUGAACCCACUGAGUUAAAAGAGAGAAAUUUACAGUAAGGCACUGUAGAAAAGAUAAAGAAGGCAUUGACAUAUAUUUACUGUACAGUAAUAUGAAAAUUAUUCUCUACUAAAUAUUUUAGUGAUCUCUGCCAUUUGAGUUUUAUUCUCAAUUUAAACCAUACAAUCAGCUUCGUUUUAUUUCUUUUUGCCAUCGGUAAAAUUAAAUGUUGCUUGGCACAUAAUGAAGGUAAUCACAUUAUUAAUUUCAGCACUUAUCUUGACAGUUUUGGGUCAGAUGGUUGUAAUUUACAGUCUUAUUGUAAUGUGUCUCCACUCUUAACCUUACACAUAUAUUAUUCA